GUGCAACACACUAUUUAGGGUUUACGAGAGAAGAGAAAGAAACAGAGAGAAGAAGAAAAUGGCGGCGAAUGGAGGAGCUGCGGCGGCUGGUAAGCUGUCAGAGAAAGAAGCUGAUAUCCAGAUGAUGUUAUCAGCCGAUGUUCACCUUGGUACCAAAAAUUGCAAUUAUCAGAUGGAGCGUUAUGUCUUCAAAAGACGCAACGACGGUAUUUACAUUAUCAAUCUUGGAAAGACAUGGGACAAGCUUCAGAUGGCUGCUAGGGUUAUUGUAGCAAUCGAAAACCCUAAAGACAUAAUUGUGCAAUCAGCUAGGCCUUAUGGGCAAAGAGCUGUCUUGAAGUUUGCUCAGUACACUGGUGCUAAUGCAAUUGCUGGAAGACACACUCCUGGUACUUUCACUAACCAAAUGCAGACUUCUUUCAGUGAGCCCAGGUUGUUGAUUCUCACCGACCCAAGAACCGACCAUCAGCCAAUUAAGGAAGGUGCGUUGGGAAACAUUCCGACUAUCGCCUUCUGUGACACCGAUUCUCCAAUGGGAUUUGUCGACAUUGGUAUUCCUGCUAACAACAAGGGAAAACACAGCAUUGGUUGCCUGUUUUGGCUUUUGGCUCGUAUGGUUCUCCAAAUGCGUGGAACCAUUCUCCGAGCUCAGAAAUGGGAUGUCAUGGUAAAGUCUAGAAACACUUAUCUUCUUAAAACACUCUCUCAUUAUGUAUUAAUGUUUCUCCAACACCAAAAAAAAGAUGUUGACUUGUUUGUGUUGUGUAGGUGGAUCUGUUUUUCUACAGGGAGCCCGAAGAAGCAAAGCAAGACGAUGAUGAAGAAUAUGGGCUGCCUGCUCCAGAAUAUGGAAUGGUUGGUGGUGACCAGUGGACCACUGCUCAAAUCCCUGAUGCUGCAUGGCCUGGUGAACCCGAACAGCCGAUUUCUGCUGCACCUGCAGUUGGCGCUGCUGCUGGAUGGGACACUGCGGUUCCGCCACCGGCUUCUGUUCCAGCUGCUGGUUGGGAGUAAAAGUUCCCUUCAUUUUAGUUUAGCUCGAAUUCGGUUAAGAUAUAGACUUGAUUUUUUGUUCUUUUUGAGAUUUGGGGAGAGGAUUAGGACCAUUAGCAUUAGGUGCAUUUUUGCCGGUAUUUCCAAGUUUCAACCGUAUAAGGGUAUUUCAUCUUUAGUUAUUUCAUUGAAUUGACCAUGAGUUUCUAUUAAAGUUAAAAUUUUCAUUAUGCAUA